AUGGCGUCCCAAUCCUUCCAGAACUUCCGCGCCGGCCUCCCACCACCAGCCGAAUGCCUUGCUAUCCUCGUAGGCUGCAUGGAAGUCACGAUCUUCGGUCUCGGCGGCUUCGCCAACCCCCUCGAGUUCAGCAGAGGCUUCGGCGUGCCCAUGCUCCCAGCUAGCUCAACCACAACGACCGCGAGUGAUGGAAAAUCAAGCGGAGACGACCAGGUACAGAAGACGCAGCAAGCAUAUAUCACCGCCAUUGCUGCACGAAAUUUACAGAAUGGGAUCUUGCUUUUGACACUUGGAUGCUAUGUCAGAGAUCGGAGGGCUUUGGGUAUUGCUGUUGCUUGUGGGCUUGUGGCUACUGUUGGUGAUGCGUUGAUUGUGCAAUACUACGGCGUCAGGGAAGCUAUCUGGGGCCAUGUCUUUGGGAUUGUCAACAGUGCUGCCAUUGGUGGCUCGCUGCUCUACUGGAGCCGCACUGACAAGUUGUGGUGA